UCCCUGCCUACCCGGAAGCAGAGUUGCGCGGCAGAAGCGCCGCUGUGGAGCCACCGCCUCCUCGCGGCUUUGCGGCUGCUUGGGGAGCCGGGACCGCGGUGGCUCCGAACUGCCCUGAUGGUCCCCAGCGGGCUGUGGAGGCAGAGGCGGCGGGAGGAUGAGCUCUUCCCGGGAGUGGGGUGCGGACCUGGCCCGUUUCUACACUGUCACCGAGCCCCAGCGACACCCGAAGGGCUACACUGUGUAUAAGGUCACUGCCCGGGUUGUUUCACGAAGAAAUCCAGAGGAUGUCCAGGAGGGAGAAUCCUGAACCAGCCUAUUCAUGAACAUGUUCUCUGCCAUUUCCUUAAUUCUUUUUUGGGGAAAGUUCUUUUAUAUUAACAACUGUUGAUGAACAUUCAUCAGAAAGCUCUUAUAAUCGUAUGGAAAAGAUACAGUGACUUUAAGAAACUUCACAAAGAACUCUGGCAAAUUCACAAAAACUUAUUCCGACAUUCAGAAUUGUUUCCUCCAUUUGCUAAAGGAAUAGUGUUUGGACGAUUUGAUGAAACUGUUAUUGAAGAGAGAAGACAGUGUGCUGAAGAUCUGCUACAGUUCUCUGCAAACAUUCCAGCUCUUUAUAACAGCAAACAACUUGAAGAUUUUUUCAAGGGUGGAGUAAUUAAUGAUGGUUCUGAGUUGAUUGGUCCUGCUGAAGCUUGUUCGGACUCCCUCCUUGAUAGCUUUGCUACAUGUAGUACAGAAGGCUUCUCCAGUGACAGUGAUCUGAUAUCUCUUACUGUUGAUGUGGAUUCUCUUGCUGAGUUAGAUGAUGGAAUGGCUUCCAAUCAAAAUUCUCCUAUUAGAACUUUUGGUCUCAAUCUUUCUUCGGAUUCUUCAGCACUAGGGGCUGUUGCUUCUGACAGUGAACAGAACAAAACAGAAGAAGAACGGGAAAGCCGUAGCCUCUUUCCUGGCAGUUUAAAACAUAAACUUGGCAAGAGAGAUUAUUUGGAGAAAGCAGGAGAAUUAAUAAAGCUGGCUUUAAAAAAGGAAGAAGAAGAAGACUAUGAAGCUGCUUCAGAUUUUUAUAGGAAGGGAGUUGAUUUACUCCUAGAAGGUGUUCAAGGAGAGUCAAGCCCUACCCGUCGAGAAGCUGUGAAGAGAAGAACAGCAGAGUAUCUUAUGCGGGCAGAGAGUAUCUCUAGCCUUUAUGGAAACUCUCAACUUGAUAAUGUAUCAAAGGUUUUGCUUGUAAUAGACAAGAGGACAGAACAGACAUUCAUUUUAAAAGGUCUAAGGAAAAGCAGUGAAUACAGCAGGAACAGAAAGACCAUCAUCCCCCGCUGUGUGCCCAACAUGGUGUGUCUGCACAAGUACAUCAUCUCUGAGGAGUCAGUAUUUCUUGUGUUGCAGCAUGUGGAAGGUGGCAAACUCUGGUCCUAUAUCAGUAAGUUUCUAAACCGCAGUCCUGAAGAAAGCUUUGAUAUCCAAGAAGUGAGAACAUCUACACUUACUAAAGUUCACCUGCAACAGCCGAUUUCUAGUCCUCAGGACAGCAGCAGUUUUGAAUCCAGAGGAAGUGAUGGUGGAAGCAUGCUUAAAGUUCUGCCUUUGAAGACGAGUCUUACUCCAAGCUCUCAAGAUGAUAGCAACCAGGAAGAUGAUGGCCAGGAUAGCUCUCCAAAAUGGCUAGACUCUGGUUCAAGUUCAGAAGAAGAAUGCACUACUAGUUACCUAACAUUAUGCAAUGAAUAUGGGCAAGAAAAGAUUGAACCAGGAUCUUUAAAUGAGGAGCCCUUUAUGAAAACUGAAGAUGCCAAAGCUAUUAAAUGUUUCCCAGCACCUCUUGCUGCUGACUAUGACGGCCACAGCACACAGCUGAUAUCUCAUGAUCCAAAGUUCUUCCCUGAAGAUGAUACCCCAGAAGCAGUUAGUUCUCUAGGACCAUCUGAUUCCCUCAGUAGAUCUAAAAACAGCCCCAUGGAAUUCUUUCGGAUAGACAGUAAGGAUAGCACUAGUGAACUCUUGGGACUUGAUUUUGGAGAAAAAUUGUAUAGCCUAAAAUCAGAACCUUUGAAACCAUUUUUCACUCUUCCAGAUGGAGACAACACUUCCAGGAGUUUUAAAACUGGUGAGAGCAAGGUAGAGUUUCAAGCUCAUGACACCAUUAGCCGGGGCUCCAAUGACUCAGUUCCAGUUAUUUCUUUUAAAGAUGCUGCUCUUGAUGACGUCAGUGGUACUGAUGAAGGAAGGCCCGAUCUUCUUGUCAAUCUUCCUGGUGAACUGGAGCCAACAAAAGAAGCUGCGGCAGUGGGCCCUACAAAGUUUAUACAGGCUAAUACAGGCAUUAUAGAAAAUAAACUGUUGGAAGCCCCUGAUGUUUUAUGCCUCAGGCUUAGUACUGAACAAUGCCAACCACAUGUAGAAAGAGACACAGAGGAACUGAGUGAUCCCCAUAGGCCCAAAUCCCACAGUAUGACAGAGAAACACUAUGCACAGGAGGAUCUUGAGGUGUUAUUUAUAGCUGCUGUGGAACACGGUUGUUCAGGAGACAGAUCUUUGUUGCACAGCUCAGAUCCUGAGUUUCAAGGACUGGAAGUGAUUGGGUCAGCACUAACUGCAAACAACACAGAAGAAAGCUUAUUCCAUAUAUCUACCCCACUGUCAGGUGCUAAUAACUAUAGUACAAACACAGACACUUUAAAAACAGAAGAAGUAUUGCUGUUUACAGAUCAAGCUGGUGAUUUGACUAAAGAGGAGCCAACUUCUUUAUUCCAGAGAGACUCUGAGACCAAGGGAGAGAGUGGGUUGGCCCUAGAAGGAGACAAGGAAAUACAUCAGAUUUUUGAGGACCUUGAUAAAAAAUUAGCACUCAGCUCCAGGUUUUACAUCCCAGAGGACUGCAUUCAAAGAUGGGCAGCUGAAAUGGUGGUAGCCCUUGAUGCUUUACAUAGAGAGGGGAUUGUGUGCCGUGAUUUGAACCCAAACAACAUCUUAUUGAAUGAUAGAGGACACAUUCAGCUAACGUAUUUUAGCAGGUGGAAUGAGGUUGAAGAUUCCUGUGACAGCGAUGCCAUAGAGAGAAUGUACUGUGCCCCAGAGGUUGGAGCAAUCACGGAAGAAACUGAAGCCUGCGAUUGGUGGAGUUUGGGUGCUGUCCUCUUUGAACUUCUCACUGGCAAGACUCUGGUUGAGUGCCAUCCAGCAGGAAUAAAUACUCACACUACUCUGAACAUGCCAGAAUGUGUCUCUGAAGAGGCUCGCUCACUCAUUCAACAGCUGCUGCAGUUCAACCCUAUGGAGCGUCUUGGUGCUGGAGUUGCUGGUGUUGAAGACAUCAAAUCUCAUCCAUUUUUCACCCCUGUGGAUUGGGCAAAACUGAUGAGAUGAACACAAUGAGGGGUUAUCUGCACACUUCCUGAUCUUUCCUGUGACAAGCGUCUCCAGCAUAGAGGCACCUCUGCCUCACAAUCAUUUAUGGAACAGCAAAUCAUUUGAAUAAAGACAUUUAAGGAA